UGUGCACACGACAACAAUCCAUGUUCGGAGUGCCGCAAGUACGAGGCCGGGGAGGACGAGGACAGCACGCAUCAUCAUCAUCAUCGUGGUCGUCUUCGGGCGCCGCCGCCGCAGCCGCCUCCUGCAACAGUCGUCACCGAAGCCGCCGCGGUGGUCAUAGGUAAUACGGUUGGUAGUGGUUAGGUGCUGUGCCUGCCUGCCUUCUCUAUCUCCUCCACGGCAACCGCCGCCGCGACCAUCGCUGCUCGUUCGUACACACACGCAGCCACGGAGAGGUAGUCAGUCGAACGCGCAUACAUGCAUAUAAUAGACAUACACAUCAUGGAGCAGCCCGCGCCCGGUCGACGAUCAGUGCCGUCUGAGCCGCGAUAGAAGAGACAGUUAGUUGGACUUUGCGAGAAGAAACGCGAGUGUUUGUUUGUUGUUCGAUAGUUAAAGUGCAACCGAAACCAUCCUCUCCUCUCUCACCCUAAUAUAUAUAUAGUGUGCGUGUGUGUGAGAGAGAGACAGAAGUAAUUGUUUGUGGUGUGGUUUAUUGUGUCGAAAAGGCAGAAGGAAUAGAAAGAAGAAGAAGAAGAAGCAUCGGAGAGUGCGCGGCCUCCCUGAUCACACACAUCUCUCCUCCAUCUACCGUGCACACAUACUUUCAACAACAUAAUAAUAAUAUACCAGUUCUGCCAAACCUCUCGGUAUCUCGUCCUCGCUCUCGCGCAUACACGGAGCAGCGACGACGAAAGCAGUUUCGGUUUGCACCACUCUUUCGGAGUUUAUUAUUUAUUUUCGUUUCGUGAACAUCGCCUCAGUCCUCGCUCCCACCCCCUUCGCGAGUGCUAUUAUACCUACUACGUACGACGACGAUAGGGAUUGUGUUUCUUCGACAGAAGAAGUUGUGCUGGUGCGGAGUGCGCGGAUUCGGGGGGUCGACCCCCUUCCCGACGACGACGACAUAUACACACUCACACACAUACAUACUCGCACGCAGAGAAACCGAGAACGUAACCCCUCCUACUGCUGCCGUUCUAUACAGCGCCCCCCUCUCUCUUUCCCUCUGCCGUUCGCUACGCCGAUCCAUCCGUCUCUCUCUUUCCCUCUAUCGGUGCGAGCAAUCCGUCUUUCUUUUUCACUUCACUUUUGCCCGGUCGCCCGUGUGUCGCCGCCGCUGCGGGAAUUUUCCCCUCCCGCCCUGUGCGCGCCUUCACUCUCCUUUCGGCGUUUUCCCUCCGCACCCGAUGAAGUGUUGUGCUUUUCAAUCACAGUGAAAAUGGAUCUACUAUGACGCACCCAAACCUACAAACUAACGGAGCCAGUCUAGAGGAUUGCCACACGAAUUUCUUUGCCUUGACUGAGUUAUCCGGUAUAAAAUGGCGUAAAUUGGUGUGGAGCGAUGCGGUUGGGGUUGCGGUCGACCCUUUGGAGGACCCGGUGUUGCGGAGUUACGCGCGAUGCCUGGCGGCGGACAUCCUGUGCGUGUGGCGACGGAUCUCCACGCCACAUCAGCCUACGACGAUGUUCGAUAUUGCCCAGCCGCCCUCGCAACCGCCCCCGCUCAGCCUCUGUUGCUCCAAGGAAUUGUGGAUCUUUUGGUACGGCGAGGAACCGGACCUGCACGAACUCGUCUCCAAUGAUCUCCUCAAACAAGAGAGCGAACAAGGUUCCUGGGAGAGCGGACUAUCGUACGAGUGCCGAUCGCUGCUGUUCAAAGCCUUGCAUAACCUGAUCGAACGAUGUCUGUUGUCCAGAGACUUCAUUAGGCUGGGUAAAUGGUUUGUGCAACCAUACGAGAGUCCGAGGCGGACGACCGAAGGUUGCUCCGCCCAUCUGUCGUUCUCGUUCGCGUUCUUCGUACACGGCGAGAGCUCGGUGUGUGCGAGCGUCGACGUUCGGCAGCAUCCGCCCGUGCGGAAGCUGGCCAGGAUACAUCUUCAACAGGCCCAGGCCUCCACCAGCGGUCUCAAAGUGAUUUUGGCGCCCUUCGGUCUGGCCGGAACCCUGACGGGGCAGUGCUACAAGACCAUGGACUCUGGAACGAGGAUGUUGGACGAAUGGAGCCAAUUCUAUCCGAUCGAGAAAGGGAACGGUGAGAGCAACGUCGUCGAGGUGAUCGUCGGUGGAGUCAAGAUGCGCUAUCCCGCCUGUUACGUCCUCGUCACGGACAUGGAUGACCACGAUAACAGUUCGAUCAUGAACGGCGUCUGCCUGACCCCUUCGAAUGCCGCUAAUACUCUGACAUCGAAGAACGGAUCCUCAUUGUUUGAUCUAGGUACACCGAUAACGAUACAGACUCCGCCUCCAUCGCCUGUGCAGAUCAACAGCAGAGUGCCGCAGCCGGGUCCGUUCUCGGUCUCCGUCGAGCAUCCCGCUUCCAGCCAGCGCAGUCCAACGGCGGCAACCGUCUUGCCGGAACGCGUGUGGCAAGAGUGCAUCCAUGGAGGACCACCGCAGACGGGACCGCAUGAGAAUUCGGGUCAUUGGGACUUCGUUGACCCGACCCGUAAGACCAACUGCACUUGCUCAAAGUGUAGAAAAUACAUUGGUGGUAAUGUGAUGGCGACCGCGAAUGUCAAUGCUAGUAAAUGCCAAACGGGGGGCGGUAGUAGUAGCAAAGGGGCGGUGUCGUCCGUGAGCGGCUCCUCCUCUUCGUCCUCCUCCCGCUCGUCCAAGAGCGGCGGCACUCGGGGGGUCAGAGUUCCUUUCCACAGACGCUCGCCCCUACCGCCACCGGCCACAGAUGCCACCGACAGAUGUCCUGGACUGUACACACCGCACGGCGGACCGCCCUCUUAUCCGCGGACGCAGGAGUCGAUGGUGAUCCCGUCGGUGGGUAGUCCACCGUCGGCGGCGCCGUCGCCGCUUCCCAAUCCGCAUUCGCAGCCGGCGUCGGUACCGCCCGGUGAUCAGGUGAUGCCGACGCUUUCGCCUCACCCGCCAACUGUUGCCGAAUCGCCUUUGGACAAGAGUCUCACCCCCGAUCAGCCGCCGAAGAGCACUGGUUCGACGGUGAACAGUCCGCAUCCGGUGGCCGAAUCCAAAGAGAACAUACCUGUCACCGUUUCCCCGAUUCCCAGUCUCAAACGACCCGUCCUCAUCAGCAAAGAGUAUGAGUCAGCGGUAGGCGAGGAGGAGCAUUCUCUGGACCUCCUUUAUGAUUACUCGAUAAUGAACGCCUGGUUGAACCAUCCCGUGAAGAGAUUUAAACCAGACGACAAGGAGAACCAGAAGAGUUCCUACACGAAGAACGGGGACAUCUACUCGAUGAUCACUCCCAACGGCAUGAACACCAACAACAAUGAGAACAAGAAUAACGUGAAUAACGGAAACAACACGCAGAUGCAUUUCAUCAAGCAGGAAAUCAAACAGGAGCCGGGCUGCCAGAUGGACAGCAGCGAUACACCGCCAGUACUCCAGUCAAUCGGCAGCGGUGGCGGUCACCACGGGGUCAAGAGACCCGGUGAUCCGUACGAGUUCGAGGAAGACGUGUGCGGUGGUGGAGUAGGUGGCGGCGGGGGCGGAACUAACGCGACCGGCGCUGCCCCCAAUGCCAGUGAUAACUUCAAACGCGGUCAGGUCGGAGCCACCAAAGAUGAAAUUAAGAAGGCCGGUAACCUCUUCACCAGUGAAGGUCUUCAACCGUCGUACAAGGAUCUGGAUCAGAUCUUCGAUAAUUCUGAUGACACCAGCAGCGACGAGGCAACUCAAAUUCAGACGCCUCCUGGAUCGAACAAAUCAUCGGGCGGACAGCACGACGAUGGCGGCAAACGUUAUUCGGGACACACGAGCAGCGGUGGUGGAGGAGGAGGCUGCCUGAACGCUGGCGGUUUGCGACCUGAGGAGCUCUGUAAGAUGUUCCCGACGCCACCCAGUUUGGAGCACAAUCCAAUCGCCUCGCCGUGCGCUACACAGGACCAACAGCCACCCGAUCAUCUUGACUUCGGUGGUAUCAUAAGGAUCAACCAAUCGAUAUAUCCGAGCAUGGGAAGCCCGCAGGAGGAGAACAUCGAGGACUGGAGUUACGUGUUUAAACCGCCCAUUAUGUGUAAGCUGGUGGGAUCGAGUAAGUACGCACCGUUGACCAAUCUACCUAGCCAGAAUAUGCCGCCUGUGUGCAUGCCCACGAACUGCGUCUACAAACCGUCCUGGCAACAGCACAUAGAGAAGUCCUCUGCGGCGACAACUACGACAUCGACGUCGACAACGACGGCGGCCUCGACUGUGACGACCACAUCAUCGACGGCGACAACUACGCAAGUGCCAAAUACGGUGCCAACGCCGCAGGUGACGCCGAAUCCAGUUCCACCCGGAUCCGGAGGAGGCAAUGCAACAGGCGGCCCAGGGAGUGUCGGCGGUUCAUCCGUUACCGGUCCCAUAUCGUCGCAGCAUGGUUUUCCACCGAGCCCGCUGCACGCCGGAUUCCGGCCGCCACCGCCACCCUAUGAGCUGCCAAGCCCCGCCACAUCCACGGCCAGUUCGUAUUUGAACAAGAACCUGAACUCUGUGGAGCCAGUGAACACGCCGUGCGUGCAAAGGACACCCGAGGCGAGCUCUCUGUUAGUGAACAUUCUGUUGGCGGAUACGCUGCUCAACAUUUUUCGUGAUCAUAACUUUGACAGUUGUACAUUGUGCGUGUGUAAUGCUGGUUUGAAAGUGGUAGGAAACAUUAGAGGCGCCGACGCCGGCGUUUACUUGCUCAGUGCCGAUAGGAAUUCCAGUAGUCAUCACCAGUCGACAUCGCACAUGCCUUUGCAGAACAGUCCGUUUCCAGGGGGAGGCGGAGGCAUGGGUCAGCCGCCUCCACCCUAUGGAGGUAUGCUUGGCAGUCCCACCCAUGCGGGAAGCGGCGGAGGUGUUGGCGGAAUGCUGAUGGACGAGGAUUCUAUAAAGUGUUCGUGCGGAUUCUCGGCGGUAGUGAAUAGGAGGCUUGCUCAUCGCAGCGGUCUCUUCUACGAGGACGAAUUGGAGAUUACAGGAAUCGCCGAGGACCCCGGUGAGCGAAAGAAAGUCUCACUGAUGGCCUACCUUAUGCAGAACAGUAGUACAAAAAUGGAUCCGAACAUCGACCGGGAUCAAUUGGACCAGAUCCCUUACGGAAUUCUCGAGCUGAUCCGGGAGCAGUGCGUCAUGAUUCAAAGUACGGCAAACUCGUUGAGCCGAUCCACACGCUACAGGCGGAAAAACACGCUGCCGUACUCGAAUUCUGUCAACAUCUUAGAAUUCUCCGAUGGUAACGAAGUGACCGGAAUCGCUCUGGACCAGAGCAAGCACCAGGAGAACCUGAUGAUGUGCAAGAUGGAGGAGGCGGCGCAGCGGAAGGGUGCGGACGCAGUGCACAGGUGGCCAUUCCUGAGGGCAAGCGGACCGCAAUGCAACCAGGACAUCGUGAGGGUGAUGAAGAGUUUGCAGCCGUUGCUCCAGGAGGCGAUACAGAAGAAAUGCCAAACGAGACUAUGGGAGCCGCCGAGCGCGGUUAAGGGACCGCUCACGUGGCGGCAGUUCCACAGGCUUGCUGGUCGCGGCACGGACGAUAGGUGCGAACCUCAACCCAUUCCAUCGGUGGUCGUAGGUCACGAAAAGGACUGGCUCAGUCUGUCACCGUACGCCUUGCACCACUGGGAGACGCUGCUGCUCGAGCCUUACUCGUACUCAAGGGACGUUGCUUACAUUGUCGUGGCCCCGGACAGUGAUGCGAUCCUGCCGAAGGUCAGGACGUUCUUUAAGGAACUGUCGAACGCGUACGAGAUGUGCCGAUUAGGCCGACACUCGCCGAUCACGAAAGUCUUGCGCGACGGAAUCCUGAGGGUCGGGAAGACUGCUAAGACGAAACUGAGCAACGAACCGGUGGAGGAGUGGUUCACAUUGCUCGGUGAGAGCGAAACAACGGACAUGCUGAAGCUGUACGCCCAGGUCUGCAAGCAUCAUCUUGCGCCGCACCUUCAGCAAGUGCCUAUGGAUAAAACGCUGCUCGAUCCGCCCACGGAGACGGUGGAUCGGCCAGCCGCCAGUCCUAUGCCUCCUCCCCCGUCGACGCCCGACAAUAGUCAAUCAUCGACCGGUUUGACCAACAACAACGACAACAGCAAGCUGCAACAACAACCUCCUUCGACGCCCAAAUCCGAAUCAUCCGAGACCGAUUUGAAGGAAGUCUUGCAGAAUUGCUCGAACACAUUACCGAACGGAACGGACAUGACACACGACGAGGACGAUCAGGAGGCACCGUCGGUCGUAGUCUACUUAAUAGAUCCGUUCUCGAUGGGCUCGGAUCAACCCGAGCUUCAGCGAUUGGCCUGCAUCGCUCUCCUUCGAUGCUUCCAAUCUGUAUUAUCUGCAGUACCUGAAAAUAUUAGAAGCAACAUAAGUGUACAGAUUAUCUCGCAGGAGAGCAUUGUAGAAUUGGGGAGGGCCAGGGAGAGGCAACGGUAUUGCGAUCACAUGCGAUCCCUAGCGCUCAGCAUAUUCUCGCAGUGCAGAAGACAUCUGGUUCACACGAACAACGUCAAAUCCCUGACCGGAUUCGGAACUGCCGCAAUGGCUGAUCUCUUCCUGAAAAGCAAAGACGAGAAGAAUCGAGCACCGUACAAGCUGUAUACGCCUCCGUACGUUUUGGGACCGCUGAAGGGGAAAGCGGAGAACGCAGAGUCUUUCGGACAGGGCAAUUCGGACCAAUCGUCGAUACUCUACCUCAGCUACUGCCUCUCCGAGGACCAGAGUUACCUGCUUGCCGUCGCUACCGACGAGAAGGGUGAAAUCUUCGAGACGCAAACGAUCAACAUCGAUAUACCGAACAGAAGCCGAAGGAAAAAGGGUACGGCGAAUGCUAGGCGAGUUGGUCUGCAGAAGCUCAUGGACUUUGUGUUGGGUGUGAUCUCGAUGAACGUAAAACCGUGGCGGCUGGUCGUUGGACGACUGGGUCGCAUCGGCCACGGGGAGCUUAAGGGUUGGAGCUUUCUGCUGAGCAGGAAGAACCUGCUAAAAGCUUCCAAGCAUCUGAAGGAAAUCUGCACGCAGUGUAUGUUGAUGUAUCCAAAUAACGUGCCGUGCAUCCUGAGCGCGUGUCUGGUCAGCUUAGAGCCGGACUCGACGUUACGGCUGAUGCCCGAUCAAUUCACGCCGGACGAACGGUUCAGCCAGAUCAGUGUCAACUCGCAGCUGAACACGCCGCAGGACGUCACCUGCACGCACAUCCUCGUCUUCCCAACGUCCGCGACAACCCAGAGCUCGCAGACGACCUUCCAAGAGCAGAACAGUAUCGAUCCGGACGAGGAGUUCUUCAAUAUUAACGACCUGCACGAUGACAUGAACGAAGGCAUCGACGAUUUCUCAGAUAUUUUCAAUUGGACCGACACCGGUCCGGGCGGUGCUCACAGCCCCACCGGCAGUCCUCGAAGGGACGAGAUGGGCAACCCGGGCAGUCCGACCGGAAUGAACGUGCGUCAGGUGAGCCCGUUCCAGUGCGCGACCAGUUCGCAGCGAGGGGACCUCGCCGAGGAGGUGGGCACUGUACUGCAGCAGCCUCUCGCACUCGGAUACCUCGUGUCGACUGCACCGACGGGUCGUAUGCCCGGCUGGUUCUGGGCCUCAUGUCCGCACCUGGAAGGCGUCUGUCCGGCCUUUCUCAAAAACGCCCUCCAUCUGCAUAGUCCGAACAUUCAACAGAGCUCGGAAGACUUGCUGCAGCAGAGCGCUAUCACAUCGCACGCACUAGACUCUCAGUAUACUACGGACGUGCUGAGGUACGUUUUGGAGGGAUACAACGCUCUAUCCUGGCUGGCAUUGGACACGAACACCAGGGACCGCCUGUCAUGUCUGCCGGUGCAUAUCCAAGCAUUGACCAGGCUCUAUCACACGACAUCGACGUUGCUCUAAAUCUGAAGGGAGAGGAGAAAUGGCAACAGAUUAAGCUGGGAACAUCAAGGAACAAAAAACACAAAAUACACCGACACUGGCAUACAAACACGCACUCGGUUGGUUCACCCCAUAAUAUACAAAGCCUUCGUCACCCCCUCAACUCUUGUGUUAUUUAUAUGUAUACGUGAUGUACAAACAACACACACAUACAUGUACGAAUAUGUUAUAUAUGUAUAUAUCAUAUAUAUAACAUAUAGAUUUAUAAAGGAGAGAGAUCCAUUUGUUUACCUUCUUUCGCUAUAUACUUUGUAACAUAUUGUUGUCAUCCUAAUAAGAUGACAACAAUUCAAGUUUGAGAGGGGGGAGAUGGCGGGUGGUGGGUUUGUAGUGAUAAAUGAAUGGACGAGUAAUGUUAUUUGUUGUACAUAUUCACGAUGUUCAAUUUGAUUUUGUUCAAUUAAAGAAGAAUAAUACUCAAUUUAUAGAAGAAGGUCGGAAAGUGUUCAGGAAAUGUAGCGCGCCAAUGAUUUGCACACGAACGUUGUUCAGUGUGCGGACAUUUGAUGACGAUGAUGAUGAUGAUAGUAAUAUAUUUUUAUAUACGUGUAUAUGAUGAAGAGACGAUUAUUUGACGAAGAAAGUGCGGGAGGAAGAGUGAGAAAGUAAAAAAAAAGAAAAAACCGAUUACCAUUAUUCAGAUCGUGCUAUUCUGAUUGAUUGUUGUUACUAUUUUUAACUGCUAUUACUAUUAUUCUUAUAUUAU